AAAUUAGAAUAAACAACUUUAAAAAAAAUCUCCUAGCUAGCAAAGUCCCAAUAGACUCCCCCAUAGCCCAACAUGACAACACAAGUAGUAGAAUUUGUUGAGCCAAAGACUCAAAAAAAGAGCAAUAAUGUAGCUAACCAUUUGGAACCAUGGCUACAAUUGGAAGGCAAAGUGGUGUUUGUAACCGGCGCGUCGGCGGGGCUCGGCCGCGAGUUCUGCCUUGACCUAGCUAGGUCAGGCUGCAGAGUCGUCGCGGCCGCCCGCCGAGCAGACAGGUUAAAGUCCCUUUGUGAUGAAAUUAAUACAAUGACAAAUUCAAAUUCACAUGUUGUUAGGGCUGUGGCUAUUGAACUUGAUGUUACUGCUGAUGGUACAACUAUUGAAGCAUCUGUAAAGAAAGCUUGGGAUGCUUUUGGACACAUUGAUGCUCUUAUUAACAAUGCUGGUGUUAGAGGUGGAAUAAAUUCAUCAGUGAAUCUUUCUGAGGAAGAGUGGAAAAGCACUAUAAGUACAAAUUUGACAGGAGCUUGGUUGGUUUCCAAGUUUAUGGGAAGACAAAUGCAAGCUACAAAAAGAGGAGGUUCCAUUAUAAAUAUUUCAUCAAUUUCUGGUUUAAAUAGAGCUUUAAUGCGUGGGGGUAUUGCUUAUAGUUCCUCCAAGGCUGCCAUGGACAGUAUGACAAAGAUAAUGGCAUUGGAAUUGGGUGAACACAACAUUAGAGUGAAUGCAAUAGCUCCAGGGCUUUUCAAAUCAGAAAUUACAGAGAAAUUAGUGCAAAAAGAUUGGCUAAAAAAUGUAGCAACAAGAACUGUUCCACUCAAAACUUUUGGUACAAGUGAUCCAGCAUUGACUUCACUAGUGAGAUAUUUGGUCCAUGACUCUUCUAAUUAUGUAUCUGGCAACAUAUUUAUUGUUGAUGCUGGUUACACUUUGCCUGGUGUCCCUAUCUUUUCUUCUCUCUAAGUUAAGUCGCGCCCCGCUUGAUGGACACCAGUAUAGCCAGAUCUCUCUAUAACAUUCAUCCUAAGUAUAAUAAUAUUUUGCUGAUUCUUGCAAUGUUGUCAGAAGAUAUCAGGGCAACUGACGCAGUUAUAGAAAGAUUUUGCGUAGUGUACGUGUUGUAUUAUUAUUAACUAUUUUUCUUCUUGUUGUUAUCUAUUUCAGUGAAAUGUUUCCUUCUA